AUAGAUUAUAGAUUAGGUGGAGAUGUCAUCAUCAUAUUCGGUAUGCAAUGUACUGGUUUUAAUGUUUCACUAGUAAACCACAAUCAAACAAAUUGUGAUGGUUCAAAACUGCAAUUACCCGCCAAUUAUCCAUUUGAUCUUUUAAAGAUUUUAUUCUAUCCUAUCACUUAACGUUUUGUUUUUUCAAGAGAAGAGGAAGAGCUGGUCGUGUUCAACCUGGAGAAUGUUAUCAUCUCUAUCCUAGAUGUGUAUAUGAUUCUUUCACAGAGCAUCAAUUACCUGAAAUUUUGAGAAUGCCGUUGCAAUCUCUCUGUCUGCAAAUCAAAAGUUUGAAACUAGGAAGUAUAUCUGAGUUUUUGUCUAGGGCUUUACAGUCUCCAGAGAUACUUGCGGUGCAAAAUGCAAUUGAAUAUUUGAAAACAAUUGGAGCUCUAGAUGAGAAUGAGAAUCUGACUAUUUUAGGGCGCCACCUGGUAGUGCUUCCUAUGGAACCCAAACUUGGCAAGAUGCUGAUAUUUGGUGUUAUAUUCAAUUGUCUGGAUCCUAUACUAACGAUUGUUGCAGGCCUUACUGUUAGAUGUCCUUUUCUAACACCUUCAGAUAAAAAAGAUCUUGCACAGGCAGCAAAGUCUCAGUUUUCCCAUGAUUACAGUGACCAUCUUGCCAUUGUGAGGGCCUAUGAUAGCUGGAAGGAUGCCGAAAUAGACAAUGCUGGACAUGAAUACUGCUGGAAGAAUUUUCUUUCUCCACAAUCCAUGAAAGUUAUUGAGGCUCUUCGAGUGGAAUUCUUAUCCCUGCUCAAAGAUAUUGGAUUAGUUGAUAGAAACAUGAGCAGUUGCAAUGCAUGGAGCUAUGAUAUGUAUCUCAUUCGAGCAGCUAUUUGCUAUGGCCUAUAUCCUGGAAUCUGCUCGGUUGUGCAUAAGGAUAAGUCAUUUUCUCUGAAAACAACGGAUGAUGGCAAAGUUCUCCUACAUUCGAAUUCAGUGAAUGCUCGCGAAUCUAGAAUUCCAUAUCCAUGGCUAGUUUUUAAUGAGAAGAUAAAAGUGAACUCUGUAUUUCUCCGUGACUCAACAGCUGUGCCUGAUAAUGUGGUACUUCUUUUUGGUGGGAGCAUAUCAAAAGGAGAUACUGAUGGUCACUUGAAAAUGUCGGGAGGAUAUUUGGAGUUUUUUGUGAAACCUGCUGUUGCUGAAAUGUACCAGAGUAUAAGGAAAGAUCUUGACAGACUCAUUCACAGUAAAUUACAGUUCCCGCAGAUGAGCAUACACUCAUUCCAUGAGCUCUUAUUUGCUAUACGGUUGCUGAUUUGUAAUGAGAAAUGUGAAGGCAAAUUUGUGUUUAGUUGCCAGCUCCUUAAACCAUCAAUGAUGACAUUGCAACAAGCAUUGGUUUCAAGAACAACCAGUGGACCCGGGGGUGAUAAUACUAAAGGCCAGCUUCAAACAUUGCUGACCCGAGCUGGAUAUGGUGCCCCCUUCUACACAACUACGCAAUUGAAGAAUAAUCAGUUUCGUGCUACAGUUGAGUUUAAUGGAGUGCAGAUUAUGGGCCAACCAUAUAGCAACAAGAAGAAUGCAGAAAAGGAUGCUGCGGCUGAGGCACUGCAGUGGCUUAUGGGUAUACAAACGGGGAAUGAGGAUAUCAAUCACAUGACAAUGUUGCUGAAGAAAAGGAAGACAGAUCAUAAUUGAACAAUGAAACAUGAAGAUGAACCUUGUAAAAUGAAAAUCUGGAUCAAACUGAAUACAAAUCCUAUCAACAAACAAACGCCACCGCAUCUUCAGCGAGCAACAUGCUGGGGUCCACAUGGUGAGCUACGUUGCAGGUCUUCUCCCCGUACUUACUUCCUCAACACACCAAUUGUCACGAACAGACAAUUGCAAUUUUGUUAUGCCACUUACCAACAUGGCCCCUAAUGCACCUGUAUAUGUAUGCACUUGUUAGGAUCCUUUACCUAUAUCACUGAGAAAAUUUACAGGUAUAUAAUAUAAUAUGUUAAAUUUGUAGGACUUUAUCUGCACUAAAAUUAUUUAUCGUCUACAUAUAAAAUUAUUUGCGCUAA